AUGACGCAAAAGAAGUUGCAGCACCGUGUAGAAGAAGAAGAAGAAGAAGAAGAAGAUAACAGCGCGUAUGGGUUCUACAAGCGGUUGGAGAGGCAGAGCCGAGUGAUGAAGAGCAAUCUGACUGACAACGUAAGAGCCAUUAUGGUCGACUGGUUGACGGAAGUGCAUGCCUUCCUCGGUUACGGGCCGGAAACUCUUUUUCUCGCCGUCAACGUCGUCGACCGCUUUGUCUCCCUCUCCCUGGAGGUGUUGUCCAUGGCUGAGUUAAAGCUUCUGGGUAUGGCGGCGCUCGUCAUUGCGUUCUCACUCUCACCUCUUUAUCCAAAUUACAUGCUACUAAUUGAAUACCUCGUAAUAUGGGGAAUGAGGGAAGAUUUCUAG